AUGGAUUAUGUGCACUUACUUAGUCUUUGUCAUCUUUUACCUGUGGUUGGAAGCAUAGAUCCCAGUUUCUUCCCCUGCGACAAUGAAGUGAACAGCACGCACGUAGACUGCUCUCAGAGGAAGCUCUCUCACAUCCCCUGGAUCCAGUCUCCCUUUGUUACGUUAUUGAAUUUGAGUCAUACUAAGAUCCAGAAGGUCAGGGGAGUAUCUUUCUCUGGUGUUCCAAAUCUACAGGAGUUGGACCUCAGAUGGAACUGCCUCCCUGGUAGUCUACGGGAUCUGGGGAAUCCGUUAUGUCAGAUGGAUAUCAACAAGGAUGCUUUCAGAGGCCUUAAGAAACUCAGAAAUCUGUAUUUGUCAGGGAACAGCCUUUCUUCCCUCCCCUGGCUGCCCACUAGUCUGGAAGUUCUGGAUCUGGAAUAUAAUCACUUAUUUAACAUAAGUGAACCCCUCGGUACUCCAUGGCUUCAGAAGCUGUUUCUUGGUAAGAACUGUCACUAUCUCAACCCUUGCAACCAGUCGUUCCACAUCAAUGAGAGCGUUUUCAAUGAGCUUAGUAACCUGACAAAACUGAAUCUUGGCUUUAACAAUAUCACAUCCAUCCCUCUGGGGUUGCCUCUCUCACUACACAAACUGGAUCUGAGGGAGAACAAGAUCUCUGAGGUAGGCGAGGAGGCAUUUGUUGGGAUGACAAAACUUACGUACCUUAACUUGGAGUGGAACUGCCAACGAUGUGACCAUGCAGCCCAGCCCUGUUUCCCUUGCCUUAAUAACAACUCCUUAAAGCUACACAGAAACUCUUUAAAAAUCAAUAACAGCGUACUCACGUUUCUCAGCCUAAGAGGAAACUCUCUGCUUACAUUUCCGGAGGGCCUCUUCAGCUCUCUGAGACAAUUAAAAAGGCUUGAUAUCUCUGACAACUUCUUGUCUCUUGCCAUACGUAAUGGCUCCUUCUUCCAAGAGCUGAGUCAAUUGACCUGGCUAAGUCUCAUUUACAACUACGAGCCAAAGAAGACAUUUCAUAACCUGGUGCUCUCAAAAUAUCUGAGACAAAUCACAAACUUAGAAUAUCUUCUCCUUAGUGGGAAUUUUUUCCUAGAACUCUCCAGCGAAAGCCUUGCAGUUCUUGAAAAUCUACGUCACCUUCAGACCCUAGAGCUGCGAAUGAACUUCAUAAAGUCCUCCAACCUAAGUGCUUUUGGACAGUUACCAUCCCUGAGAAAGGUAGACCUCUCCCAGAACCUUUUGCACUUCCUUCCAAAGUGUACCAACAACUCCAUGUAUCAGUUGCCUCAGGUGUCUGUGAAUCAAAAUGGCUACACCAGGGUGGAUGAUCUGAACCCACCUCCGAUGAUCUGGGAGAGGCGUGAGGCUUUAAAUGGAAAUCAGAUUGACUUUUAUUAUGAAAACGCCUUCCGGGAGUUGAAUGCCACAUUGAAGGCCCUAGACCUAAGCAACAAUGAGUUUCACUUUCUGAUGAGGGGCAUGGGCCACCGCUUCGGCUUUAUAAAUAACCUACCCAGUUUAGAAGUGCUAAGUCUGAAUGACAAUGACAUUGGGAUGCGAAUUGAUCAAGCUCUAUACAGCAUUUCCCUUAAGUACCUCUACUUUGCCGGGAACAAGCUUAACAUCAUGUGGAACUCAGGAGACAACUACCAUAAGUUUUUCAAAAAUCUCACCAACUUAGUAUAUCUAGACAUCUCCAGGAACCAUCUGAGGUCCCUUUCACAAGAGGUUAUUUGUAAUCUGCCACAAAAUCUCAGAGCACUGAGAUUGAGCGAUAACCUUUUGAACUAUUUCCCAUGGGAGAACAUCACAGUACUCGGCCAGUUACAACACUUCAAUAUCAGUAAAAACCGUCUCUCCAGCUUGCCUAAUGUAAUCAUACCUUUUAGAUCGAACUUUACUCUCUUAGAUUUGAGCUACAACUGGAUUAGCAAGCUUCCAGAAAAAUUCUUCAGAAAAAUGCAGGGCUUGCGCUAUCUCUACCUAAACAACAAUAGACUCCAAAUACUUAAACAUCAGACCUUGCCUGACCUCAUGAGACACGGUAGCAACCUCAAAACUCUCACUCUGCAUGGGAAUCCAUUUGCUUGCUCAUGUGACACAGCCUGGUUUGCAGACUUCCUGCGGGCUAGUCCGGUGUACAUCCCUCUCCUCACCACGCACGUGCAAUGCGAGUUCCCUGAGUCCCUACAGGGGACCAGCUUGCUGACCAUGGACCCACGCUCCUGCCCGGAGAUUUUCGGAAGGGUGUACUUCCUCUCCACCUCCUUCCUAGUUUUGGUACUCACUGCUCUGCCCCUCUUGAAGCACCUCUAUGGCUGGGACCUCUGGUACUGCUUUCAGUUGUUGUGGGCCGGACACAAAGGCUACUCGCAACUACCAGGCAGUGAUUACGACGACCACUAUGAUGCGUUUGUGGUGUUUGACACUGAGAACCAAUCGGUGAGGGACUGGGUAUACAACGAGUUGACCGUCCACCUGGAGAAUGGAGGUCGCAGGAGGUUCCGUCUCUGCCUGGAAGAAAGGGACUGGCUUCCUGGCUUGUCCUGCAUAGAGAACCUCCAUAAUGCAGUGUACAGCAGCGCAAAGACCGUGUUCGUCCUCACAAGCGGUGGGACUGGUGCGAACGUUAGUGGCAUGAUCCGCCAGGUGUUCUUCAUGGUUCAGCAGAGGCUGCUGGAUGAGAAGGUGGAUGUGGCAGUGCUGGUUCUUCUGGAUGAGGUGUUUCCUAAAAUGAAAUAUCUGCAGCUGAGGAAAAGGCUGUGCAGAAAGUCAGUGCUGUCCUGGCCCAGAAACCCACGAGCCCAGCCCUUAUUCUGGAACAGUAUGAGAGCAGCGCUGUCAUCAGACAACCUGCGAUCCUAUGACAGCAAUAUGAGUGAGAGUUUCAUGUUGUAA